AGGCUAGAAGAUAUUGUCGAUAAAGGACCUGUCAUGAUAAUCACACGAGAAGUGGGCGGAGCUCAGCAGAAGAGAAUAAAGAACAUUAGUAGCAAAGGACCUGUGAAAAAGAUCAUGUGAUCGGAGUGGGAUGGGCUAAUCUACAGAGAAUUGAGACGCUGACUACGAUUACAUAAGGAGGAGCUGAUCCAGUUGUCUCUUCUUCUCCUGAAUGACCCCCAAGGAUGGAGAAGGACAGGAAUGACAUGACUAAGAGAAUAUUACACUUCACCUUGGAGAUCCUCCACCUGCUUACCGGAGAGGAUUACACCAUAGUGAAGAAGACAUGGGGGGAGUGUGUGGCCCCCAGCAGCCAUCUCCAUGAGUCAGGAGGACGGAGCAGGGCCCGGGGCCCCAUCACGGAGCCUCCACCUCACUCACUGAUACCUGAGAAGAAGAUCCUAGAACUCACCCACAGGAUCACUGAGCUGCUGACUAGAGAGGUUCCUAUAAGGUGUCAGGAUGUGGCGGUCUAUUUCUCCAUGGAGGAGUGGGAGUAUGUAGAAGGACACAAGGAUCUGUACCAGGACAUAGUCAUGAUGGGGGAUCACCGGCCCCUCACAUCACAAGUUGGAUUCCUUGAUAGAAAUCCACCCGAGAGGUGUCCCCGUCCUCUGUAUUCCCAGAACCGUCCAGAGGGAAAUCUCCCAGAGAAGCAUCAGGCGGAAAAUCUGAUGGAGAUUAAGAUUGAAAUCAAAGAUGAGACAGAUUUCUGGACCAAUCAGCAGCAUGAAUAUACAGGUGGUGAUGUAUUCAUUCCCUGUGUGUUCCCUACAGAGGGAGUCAUGGAUAGAAAUCCACCCGAGAGGUGUCCCCGCCCUCUGUAUUCCCAGGACUGUCCAGAGGGAAAUGUCCCAGAGAAGCAUCAGGGGGGAGAUCUGACUAAUAAUAAAGUGGAGGAUGAAGAAGAGAGGAUGAGCGGCCAUCACCCGUGUAUGAGGGAAGUGAAGGAGGAAAUUCCAGGAGGUGUUAUCCCAGAAUGUCCAAGGAUGUAUUCUGAGGGAAAUGUCAUAUUAUUAGGAGAAGAUGGAGAGAUCAUGGAGCGCUCCUCAGGACAAGAUGGAGAGAUCAUGGAGCGCUCCUCAGGAGAAGAUGGAGAGAUCAUGGAGCGCUGCUCAGGACAAGAUGGAGAGAUCAUGGAGCGCUCCUCAGGACAAGAUGGAGAGAUCAUGGAGCGCCCCUCAGGAGAAGAUGGAGAGAUCAUGGAGCGCACCUCAGGAGAAGACCUCCUUACAACUAAUGUCCAUCCAGAUCUAUCAGAUAAUAAUCCUCCUGAUCAUCAGGAACCUUAUGCUGACCAAUCACAGACAAGUCCAGAUCAGAAAGAGGGCGAAUGGAUUCAAUGUGAUGAAUAUGGAAAAGAGUUAACAAAAAGAUCAGAUCUAAAUUACACAGGAGAGAAGGCAUAUUUAUGUUCAGAAUGUGGGAAAUGUUUUAUGUAUAAAUCACAGCUUCUUGCACAUAAGAGAAGUCACACAGGAGAGAAGCCAUAUGCAUGUUCAGUAUGUGGGAAAUGUUUUUCUCAAAAAUCAAAUCUUGUUACCCAUGAGAGAAUUCACACAGGAAAGAAGCCAUAUUCAUGUACAGAAUGCGGAAAAUGUUUUAUAAAUAAGUCAGAUCUUAUUACUCAUGAGAGAAGUCACACAGGGGAGAAGCCAUAUUCAUGUUCAGAAUGUGGAAAAUGUUUUAUACAGAUAUCACAUCUUGUUAGACAUGCGAGAAGUCACACAGGAGAGAAGCCCUUUUCAUGUUCAGAAUGUGGGAAAUGUUUUACCCAGAAAUCACAACUUGUGUCACAUGAGAGAAGUCACACAGGAGAGAAGCCAUAUUCAUGCUCAGAAUGUGGGAAAUGUUUUAUACAGAAACCGCAUCUUAUGUCACAUGAGAGAAUUCACACAGGAGAGAAGCCGUAUUCAUGUUUAGAAUGUGGAAAAUGUUUUACAGUUAAAUCCCAUCUUGUUAUACAUGAGCGAAUUCACACAGGGGAGAAGCCAUUCUCGUGUUUAGAAUGUGGCAAAUGUUUCACAGAUAAAUCACACCUUGUCAGACAUGAGAGAAGUCACAAAAGGGAGAAGCCAUACGCAUGUUUAAAAUGUGGGAAACGUUUUUUAAAGAAGUCAAAUCUUGAUUCACAUGAGAGAACUCACACAGGGGAGAAGCCAUAUUCAUGUUCAGAAUGUGGGAAAUGUUUUCUUUCUGAAACCAGACUCAAAGAUCAUAAGAAAAAUCACACAGGAGAGAAGUCGUAUUCAUGUUCAGAAUGUGGUAAAGGUUUUUCAAGGAAAUCAGCUCUGGUUGAACAUAAGAGGACUCACACAGGAGAGAAACCAUUUUCAUGACUUGAAUGUGGGAAAUGUUUUAGCCAGAAGUCAACUCUUCUUAAACAUCAGCUAAUUCACACAAGAGAGAAGAAAUAUUCAUGUUUAAAGUGCGGGAAAUGUUUUCUUACCAAAGUGAAACUUAGUGAUCAUCAGCGCAUUCACACAGAGGAAGCCAUUUUCAUGUUGAAUGUUUGAAAAGGUUUUAUGAGAUAGACAAACCCAGGGUUUUAAACAUACUGGCCCUGAUUUACUAAGAAUGGAGUGUUUAUCUAGGAGUGAUUUCUGGUUUACUCCGAGGAUUUUUCUCCUUGAUUUACUAAUCUGUCGCCCGUCUCUAUUUUUUUUUCUUUCGCAUGGAAGUUUUCUGUCGCCCUUAUCUGUUUUUUUUUUUGUAUCGCACAAAGUUAUUAAGCAGGGGAGCGGGCGGCACGCUCCUCCCCAG